CCCCAGAGGGAUGAGACUGGAAAUGGGACACUCCUGGAGGCUUUUUUUGAUUCACUCUUGAUUUUUGGAUGUUUUUAUGGACACCUGGAGACUUCUGGAGAUGGAUUUGGGCAGGAGGAAUCCCCAACCCAAGGCAUUCACACCUUGUUUUCCCCCAAACCAGGAUUUCCCAUUCCCAAACUUUGGCUGGGUGGAGGAGGAGGCUGUGAGGAAGAGGAAGAUGCCCUGGGACAGCCAGGCAGGAGAGGAGGAAAGCAGGAGCUGAGGAUGGAGAGCAGGGAGGACAAAUCCCCGUGGCAGAACCUUGUGGAAGAGGCCGUUUUGAGCGGCUCCAUGGCGCAGGAACCCAAUGGGGAGGAAAAGCCCCAGAGAUGCCACACGAGGAGGGGCUGCAAACGCAGAUCACGGGGAUCUGAGGAGGAAAGACCCAGCCUGGGCUGGGGAGGCGGCCAGAGAUGGAGCCAGAGCUCGGAGCUGGUGGCCCAUGAGCAGCUCCGGGAUGGGGAGAAGCCCCAGAAGUGCUCAGAGUGUGGGAAGAGCUUCAGGAAGAGUUUCAAUCUGCUCUGCCACCAGAGGAUCCACACUGGGGAACGACCCUAUGAGUGCUUGGAAUGUGGGAAAGGCUUCAGCCACAGGUCCGAUCUGAUUGUCCACCAGAGUUUCCACACCAGGGAGAGGCCCUACGAGUGUCCCGAGUGUGGGAAGAGGUUUCACACCAGCUCCCAUCUCCUUGUACAUCAGCGGAUUCACACGGAGGAGAGGCCCUUCUGCUGCCCCAACUGCAGGAUGGGCUUCAAGCACAACUCCACCCUCGUCACCCACCGGCGCAUCCACACCGCGGAGAGGCCCUACGAGUGUCCCCAGUGUGGGAAGAGCUUCUCAGCCCGCUCGUUCUUUACCCGACACCAACGGAGGCACCGCUGAGGGAAGCCCUGCGAGAGCCCCGCCUGCAGGAAGAGCUUCAUGCGCUGCUCCAGCUCCAUCCCCAUCAGAGGACCCAGGUUGGGCACAGCCCUGGUGACCCACAUUCCCUGUGGUACACAGAGGGAAGUGGCUGCUGUUCCUUUUCUUUUGUCUCUUUUUAUCUUCCUCCCUUCAAAACACAGAAAAUUGGGGUAAAAAUCAAGAAAUUCAUCAAAGGCAUCUAAAGCCUCACAUUUUGUGUUUUGGGGAAUCUUGGAUUCCGGGAGAUAUCUGGGAGGAUAUGGGGGAGUUUGGGGGGUAUUUGGUUUAGUUGUCUUUAUUUCUUGGCACUCCAAAUGACAAGAAGGAUUGAUCUGUCACCUCAAAAGCACUCAAUGCCACUGAAAACUACUGAAUCCCACCCCAAAAUUACUCAAUUCCAGCACCUCUCAGGGGGAAAUUGGGUUGGAAGGGGAUUGGGCAAAGUGGGAUGCAAAUCAGGAGGGGUGAGAUGGGCAUUGGGUGGGGUGGGAUGGGUGGGAUGGGGUUUGGGAGGUGUGAAAUGGGGGAAGUACAGCUUGGGAAGGGGUCUUGAUGUCCAGGAGGGGUGGGAUGGGUUGUGUUGGGACUGGGGAGGUGGGGUGGGGUCUGGAAUGAGACAGCCAAAGUUUGGGGAUGAUGAAGAUAGGGGGAGCCCGUUACUGAGUGAGUUUUUGAAGAGUCUACAUUCAUGAAGAGAUGCUGGGGUAUCUCACGUUCCUGAGCGGUUUUGGGGCACUCCCCAACUCUUGGGGGGUUUCCUGAGAGCAGCUCCAUGGAGCCCCAUGGCCAGGGGUGGUUGCCACGGGCACGAGCUCAGAGCUGUGCCAGAGUCCAUUGCCUCAGCACUGGAGAGCAGAGAAACGAUGAACAGCCCCAGACAUCUCCAGGGUGUGUUUGUGGAGGCCCGUGAGCUUACAGCAAUCCCCUGGAGAGAUGCACCUUAGGCUCCGGGCAUUCCUCAGAGCUCAGGGUGAGGACAGAAGCUUCCCCCAAGGUGCUCUGCAGCACUAUGUUAAUUUGUCCCAGUUGUGUCCUCCCCAUUGCCCGCUGGCCUUUCCUACCCCUUUUACCCUCAUAUGUUCAUGUUCUAGCGAGUUCUCCCUUCCCUGUCUUCCCAUGGGUUUAUGUCCCCGCCUAUCCAGCCUGGCAUUCCCUAUUAGUCCCUUUUCCUGUGUACCACCCCAUAACCCUUAGAUCCCUGUUGCUC